AUACCUUCCUCUUUCUCCACGAGAUACAUAAAAUUCAUAAAACCCCACGAUUACUUUUCUAGUAUUCUUCAUGUUAAAUACUACCUCAUUACACUAAUCCUUUUUCCAACAAACCAAAAAUCUCCUCUAAUUACUAUAGCUAUGGUUCCAACUCCCCAAAGUGAUUUACCUCUCAACGAGAACGACUCACAAGAGAUGGUAUUAUAUGAAGUCCUUAAUGAAGCUAAUGCUCUUAACAUCCCAUAUUUACCCCAAAGAAACCAAUUACUUCCAAGAAAUAAUAUCCUUCGUCCGUCACAAUCCAUAGGCAAGAAAUACAGAGGCGUACGACGUCGUCCGUGGGGUAAAUACGCUGCGGAAAUUCGUGAUUCGGCUAGACACGGUGCGAGAGUAUGGUUAGGGACGUUCGAAACAGCCGAAGAAGCUGCGUUAGCUUAUGAUAGAGCGGCUUUUAGAAUGCGAGGUGCUAAAGCGCUCCUCAAUUUCCCAUCUGAAAUAGUCACAGCCUCUGUUUCAGUAGAAAAAUUAAGUUUGAGCUCAAAUAGUUACGCUACUACUAAUAGUUCAAAUUCAAGUAUAAAUGAAGUUUCAAGUGGAACGAAUGAUGCAUUUGAAUCAAGAAUUUCCAAGGAGUUUUCUCAAGAUGUUAAGACAGAGCUGUGCAUGGAGAAUUUCUUGGCGCUCUAAGCUGAUAGUAUGUUGACACACAUCGACCAUAAUUUAGACGUGUUAAAAUGUCUAACUAUCUAUUCUUCUUCUAGUUUUAUUUUAUCUUUUAGAAAAAAUGGGGACGAAAUUAGUGGAAAAAAUCUUUACGAAAUGACAUACUAAGAUUCCCCUGUUUUAAUUUUA